AUGGAUGCCACACACUGGGGAGGCGGCAGGUCAUCCAACGCGGUGGGGCAAGACGAUCUUGAUUCAUACGGUGAUCACACCGAGACUCGGAUCACCACGGCCAUCGGCUCCGGAACCCCGACCAGUCACCCCGUCACCGCUCCCACGCAGCAAGGAGGUGUUGUCCACGCAGAGGGACUAGAGGAUCGCAGUUCAUACGGGUUUAUCACCCAACACAUGAUCGUCGCCACCGGCUAA